AUGGCGUUGAAGAAGAUUGAAGAGUCGAAAAGUGCACCAUUCAUAUUCUACAAAGAUCGACUAGGAACUUUUAAAAACUACAUAUACGACGACUAUAGCAACGCGACAUGCACGUCAAAAACGCUGGCACGAGCAGGAUUUGUGUGGACGGGAGACGAGUCUGCAAUGUGCCCGUUCUGUUUAAAGGAUCUCAGCUUCGAUCCGGAUGAUGACCCAUGGGAGGAGCACAAAAAACGUGGAAGCGAAUGUGAAUUCGUUCAGCUCGGAAAACUCGACGAUUUGAAGUUAACACUUGCUGACUGCAUCAGCCUCGCACAAAGUGCUAUCAUUAUGGCUCAAUACAAGAAACAUGAAAAUUCUCUAAAACUGCUAGAACAAAGAACAUCUUCCGCAGCUCUCUCCGGCACCGUCACGGAAGCAAUGAAACCAGCAAAGCCCUCAACGACAAAAUCUCGUCGUGUCAAGCGAUCAUCAUAA